CACCAACACUCCUUGGAUUGAUUGCACAACAUAGACCACGUCGGCCACCUCAUCUCACAUAAACUCGACAUUUAUCAAGCCAGCUUUCAGCGUCUUUUCGAGAUACCCAGCAUCCUUUGCGCCAUCUAUCCAUUCCAACUAGACCAACAACUAUUCAAACCGACAAGAUGCAGAUCACCAGCCUUCUCGUCCUUGCCGGCGUCCUCGGCGCCUCGGCCAUGCCUUCUGGCCACGCCCACCUCCACCGCGCCGCCCACCAGCAGCGUGACCUCAAGUUCUACAAGGCCGAAAAGCACUUCCCCAUUCCCAUCCCUUCCGCCACCUCCUCCUCCGUCGCCAUUCCUUCCAGCACCACCGCUCCUGCGGCUGCUGCGACCUCUUCGGCUGCUGCGACCCAGGACGACGACGAGUAUAUUCCCUUCUGCGGCGAGAACAAGAACACCAAGCGCGUCACCUACGCUCAGAUCAUGUACACUGGCAACACUGGCACCACCAACGGCUGCAAGUGGAACUCCAACUUGAUGACCGUCCCCAAGAGCAUCGCCGACAAGUACAACAACCGCAUGUUCUUCACCAACGUUGCCAACGAGCCCUACCAGGUUGUUUGCGGCAACAAGAUGGGUUCCGACGGCGGCCUCAACGGCAUGUUCAAGACCCCCGCCAACCAGCAGCUCGUCUUCACCCUCGCGCCUGGCCAGACCGAGGUCGUCGUCGCCGACGCCAACACCCAGGGUGUCUGCGCUUUUGCCCCCGAGGAGGUUCCUACCACUCAGAACGGCCAGUUUGCCGGUAACUGGGCCGAGUUCGACUUUGAGAACAGCAGCAACGGUGGCUGGUCUGGUGCCGACUGCUCUUCGCUUGUUGCCCAGGCUGCCGGUAUGGACGUUCCCGGCUGCCAGAUUUGCGGCCACGGCACCUGCUCCAGCAUUCUCCCCGGUGGCGCCGGUACCAACGCCUACACCAAGGGUAUGGAGGCUUUGGACGGUAUUGGCCUCAACCUCAUGGCCGACCUGCAGAUCACCCUCAACAUCAGUGUCGGCUUCAGCGGCUAAACGUUUCGUUCCCGAAAUACAAACCUUGUCUCCGAUUCAUGACGAUAACCGACGGUGCCUUGUAGGCAGCCUUAUUCAUGGCGGUUCAAUGUGGUCGUUGCUAUCUUGCUUUCUUGUUACAUACUUCAUGAAGGA